AUGGCAGAGAUACCCAAGAAACCGACUGCUCUAAUUUUCGGCGGCUUGAACACAUGCUCUCGCGCACUGGCUGCAUUGCUCGUCCCCAUCAAUGGUGAUCCUUUGGUUUCGUUCCUCCGCAUCGUCGACAAAUACUCGGUUGUCCCACCAACGACUUACAUCGGUGUCGAGUUCCCCAAGAUACUUGAACUGCCUCAAGUCGAAUAUCGACAAGCCAACUUGACGGUUGAAUCAACCAUCCAAUCUAUCUUCGAUCCACCCGAGGGACACACAGGCUUUGAUUACGUCUUUGAUUUUACCGGAGAAGUGCGACAUGACAGGACGGAGAUGAUUCAGAUCAAUAAUACUUGUAAAAUUGCACACAUGCUCGGUCGUGAAGCGGCCAAACGCAAGGUCAAAGCGUACAUCCGGAUGCAACAUCCAUUUUACGAGACUCAAGCAAAGGGUACUCAUGAUGAGAAAGAAGAUGUCAAACCUGUGGGAACCAUUGGGAUAUGGUGGCAUGAAACUCUCAGAGUGUUGGCUUCAAUCGAAGAUCUCAACCUCGUGAUUUUGAGGAUCGGUUUUAUAUACGGUCCAUACACACCCUUCGGCGUCGUCGCAUCUGGUAUAAACGUCGCAGCAGUUUAUGGAUUUAUGAAGAAACCUAUGAAGUCGUUGUGGUCUCCAGGGAAGAACGCGAAUAACACCGUUCACGUUGAUGAUAUUGCUGGAGCAGCAUGGGCGUCCGCUGAAUGGAUGGCCCCCCUUGGACGAGCUGCCGCGAAUCAGUUGGCUGGCGAAGAGCUCCUUUUCCAUAACGAUAAAUCCAAGGUAAAAGAGGUGGGUGAAAUGCCCCCACACAACACAAAACCGGUUGCACCUCUUUUUAAUCUGGUUGACGACUCAGAGAGCACUUUGUUGAGUAUUGGACAAACUGUGACGUCUUUCUUUGGAACAACAUUCGAGUUUUUCACUCUCGUCGAAAGUACUGUCUUCAAGUUUAUGGAUGACGUGGACGACAUCAAUGAACAACACGUUGGUGCAUGGACGGACAUGUUAAUGAACUCGAAUCCUCCCAUCACAAAAACCCCGUUGGCGGCUUAUAUGGAUAAAUACGCGCUGGAAAAGCACGUUGUGGCAUUCAACAAUGCCAAGAUCAAAGCGAUCAUGGGCUACAAAUUGAAGCAGCCCCAGUUUAACCACGAUACAAUCAAGGAGGUUGUUGACAAGUGGAAAGCCGAAGGAUCUUGGCCUACUCUCGCGUAA